AUGGACAAUCGCGCCUCCACCGCACCGACUCCGAAACGGAAGAAAUGGCUGCCCAAACAGACCUCCGAGGCUUCAAGUUUACUACGCCACAGUUCGACCAACUCCGAUGUCUCUGUCCUUGUCGAUCGCCCACACACAUGCCCGACAUCCUCCUUGAUCCCGCAGUUCCAUUGGAAUUUGAACAACUCAGCACUUGAGACGUUAACUGCGAGCCAAAUUGAGCAACUUUACGGCUUGUUCAAGUUUUACGACUCGUCCAUCAUUGGAGAUACUCUUCCUUCGAUCAGCUGUACACGCCUUCAAGAGAUCCUUCGCGAUGCACAUCUACUGAGCGAUCACUAUACUAACUCGGCGGAAAAGAAGCUUGACGAUGAAUCUGUUGAGAGGGUCUUUGCACAAGCAGUUAUGGGCAAAAUGCGCGUAUAUCUUGAUGCUGACGGUCAGCCUGCCCUCACGUUUCCACUCUUUUGUGGUGCACUAAUGAACUGUGCGAUGCUACUGACUCCAUUAUCACGCCCUGCGAUUGCCUUACAGGAGAUCCUUUCAGUCUUACUCAGCGUUGAUGGCAAUGCGGCUUCAACUGCAAAAGGUUUGCUUCGUCACGUCCCUCUUGGUGGCUCAACAUCGCUUUGGACACCAGAGCAGUCACAGAUCCCGCAGACUGAAGACGCUAACCAAGAUUUCCGAGAGCAGUUUGCCUUCCAGCAAGUGAUAGCAGACUGUACCCGAGACAAGAAACUCGAGGAACUCAAACAAGAGAAACUGAGAGAAAUUUACCACAUUCCUGAUCGACUGGUGGCAAGUUUCCACCCCGAUACACUCGAACUCAUCAUGAGCAAGUUCCGCAUGUUCGAUUUCAAUGACUGCGGUACAAUACCGCGACAAGAACUCUUCUCUCUGCUGUCGUGCUUGGGUAUGCGAGUAGACCUUCCUGACCCGUACACCGUUCUAUCAAAACUACCUAACAUUGUUUCGGUACAGCGAUCCGGAAACAAUAGCGACGUUAACAGUGGUGAACUCACGUUAGUCCAGUUGCUGCAAGUCAUCGAAGUGGCUCGAGAGGCCAAAAGACAUUCCGCUACGUCAAAACUUGCAGCGAUCAAAGUCCGAGUGGAUCGAGCAGCCACAGUAGCAAAAGGAAGCAUUGUACCUACGAAAGCGCCAUUAGAAGGAGCUGGAGAUGAUGUUAGCAGUACAAAUGAUCGCUCAGUGCAGUCCAGGAAAGCUUCUGCAGGUACCAAAAGUACUCAUGGAUCUGCUGCCAGUUCUCGAGACCGUGGAAGGAGGCAAGCUGUAGUCCCUCUAAAAUCUCGAAAGUCGAUCCUAUCCGGUCUGGACGCUAAUACCAUAAGCCAGUCGCUGUCAAGCACCAAACACCAAAGCUCCAAGACGCAUCUGAACCACCAACACUCCAAGAAAAAAACAGGGAUGCGGAAGAAAUCGACCAUGACAAAUGACAACCUCGAUAGUGCGAUAGUCGAUUCGGAAAAUGAGAGAUCCGUGAUACACACUCAACGGUCUGGUGCAACAACUCGCACAAAUACUAAGUGUACCGAAGACUCCCAUCUGGACAAUACUAAAGUUUCAGGAGACAACGACGAUCGGGGACUACAAUUGGAGUACGUGCCUCGUGGCAUGACCGUACAAGUAUGUGAACCAUUAAGCACAAGCAACAAGAGAAUGAUUCGAAUCUUCUUGUUGCUCGGCGGAGAGCACGAUGGCGCCAUCUACUGCACAUUUUCUCUUGUUUUUUCGACGAGGAAGAUCGAGGAGAGCGAGGGGAUCUACUACUCCACGGCGCAAAGCGAAACCACGCGCACGACGCCCGUGCUACCCACGCAACACACUCUCAUCCACGCGCUGCUUAUGCUGAAGAAGUGCGUGCUAGCUAAACUGGAACAAGGAUACGAGUUGCGCCCCGCAGACCAGCUUGAUAUUGUGGAUAAGAUACUCCAAGAGCAAAGGAAUCGUCAACCUCACUGCUAUAGUCCUGUUGCCAAGACCUCAAAGGUUACAAUUGCAUCAGUACCGGCUUCACCAGCACCGGAUUCUCGCUGUAAUAUCCGCUUGAUGUCCUCCUCAACUUCCGCUUGUAGUAGUAGGUCGAGUUUGAGACCACAGAAGCUCCCGCCGCACUCUAAACCAAGCGAGCAUCGGUUCAACCUUCCGAGCAACUUCAAAGAGGUCUUCGCAACGUGGGAAGUAUCCCAACACGAAAACUACGCGUGGAUCCAUGAUGUCAACGCGGCAUCCCCUUUGAAACCGGCGUUAUCGACACCCAAAGCCGGUCGUAGUGGUCUCUUAAGUCCCCUCCGACCACCGUUAAGGUAG